AUGGCAUCUCAUGGUCUCGGUGACGAUCAGGCUCAUGUCUACUACGGUAGCGGUCAUUCCUCUCACUCAAGCCGGCGCCGAGCUAGAAGGCAGCGAGAAGAGCCCAACCGUAUGGUUGAGAACUUGGGCGGCUACAAAAUGAAGAUUCCACCGUUCCAUGGCCGGAAACAAUCCGACGAGUACAUGGAUUGGGAAAAGAAGUGCGAGUUCAAUUUCAACUUGCACAACAUCAUUGGAGACAACCGUGUCAAGCUAGCCGUCUCGGAGUUCAACGAUUAUGCGUUGAGAUGGUGGGAACAAAUCAUUUUGGCGCGAGAUUGGUGGUGCCUUUGA